AUGGACACCAAAGAUUUUGAUGUGAUCCGCAUUGCAAGAAGCGAUGGAGCAGACACCGGGCCAGGAUAUUGGCCGGUGACAACACCAGCGCCAGCCGCCAACGCUGCGAAGAAGCCAGCCAAGGAAGCUGCUGCUGCAGACAAAACUCCGCGCACAAAACCACAGAUGACGAGGUUGGCCGAAGACGACCCAAGAUUUGUAGAGUGGCGGAUAAAGCUGGGGAUUCUGCUGAAACAGGAGCUAUCCCCCAAUCCAGAUGAGGGAAACCCGUGGUACGUGAACUUUCCACAACGGUAUUGGCUAUAUGAGAAAUCCAAGCAUCUUUGGGUUUCUGGAUACCCUACCAAGUCAAAGCUAUUCAAAAGCCCACAGGAGUUCGGUGUCCAUUUAAUAUGGCUGCUAUCGGCAUCCAAAGACUACGGCGAUUGCUGCUGUGUUCAUUGCAACAUACCCGCUCCUUCAAAGGCUUCGUAUGCUCCGGAAGAGCAAGCGAUCAGCCAAAGUCUAACUCAAGGCUCGAUCCCUGUCCCGGGUCAUUCUCCGAUUCCACCUCCUAUUCAAGCCCCAGCCGACCAGUCUUCAGUGAGGGCCGACAAACUUGAGAGGCCGGUCAAGCAGACGCCCGUUCCGUUACCCCCCAUCCCCGGUCAAUCAUCCUACAGACCGCCCAAUAUUACGCCUCAUCCUCAAGGAGGCCAGCAGCCUCUGCAGCCGGCACAGCAAAAAUCCAUCCAGCAGACUCCUGUACCAAUACCCACGCCUAUUCAACCGCGAGAGCCGAUACAGUCGGCUCAACCCACCCAGGUUUUGCAACCGACGUCAUCCCAGCCACCUCCCUUAGCUGUUACCAAUCCUUCAACUCCAGUGCCUGUUCCUGCAGCUGCAGCGCCUACACCGCUCCAGCUGCAGCCGGCCCAGCAGACACUUCAGCAGCAGACACUUCAGCAGCAGCUGGUUCCGCAGCAGACGAACCAACAACAGGCAGCUCAGCAACCAAAACCUCAGGCUAUACAAUGGUCACUUAAGGGCUCAUUGCUUUUCCGAGCUGGAGAGCUGGUAUGGUAUCAGACAGGCAAUACCUGGCGCCUUGGGAUUAUUGCUUCGCCCCCUAACAACACCCCUAAUGGGAUGGUGUUUGAUUUACUGCCUUUGGGCCACGCCACGGUUCCUCAGGUCAAUGUCUCAAAGAUUGAGGCCGAUUUGCGGCCUUUCUACUGCUAUAGUGUACCCUCUGUUGACAUUGCAGAGCUCAAAGACAAAAUAUUCGAUGAGAUUCCGUGGGAAAACUUGUUUCAAUCUGCUGGCAAUAACUCUGUUCGUCGAGACCUUCUCAAUCUAGACGCCUCCAAGAUGGCCGCGUCGAAAGUCGACUUUUCCCAUUCCCUCUGGACUCGCCGUGGCGACGAUCCUACCGGCAAGGCCGUGUCAUAUUUCGGAUGUUUCUUCGGUGCCGAGCGUCUCGAAAUCGGCGACACCGUGCGGGUGAAAAUGGCAGGGGCAGAGGCCAACUCCAGCCUGACCACGGUGAUGGGUUUGCUGCAUAUAUUUACUAGUGCAGACUAUCCUGGCUCAAUCUUCUUUCGUGGACCAAUCUACCAGCUGGCAAAGGGGCCCGGCGUGGCUGGCACCGUCAUUGACGAUGAAAAGGAUAAGCUCCCACUCGCCAUGCAAGACGAGAUCCGGUGGCGUACCCAGGUCACGCAGAGCCGGCAGUGGUGCUGGGUGCUCGUCAAGGACAACGUGGUGUUUAAGGAACAGUCUAUUCGAGGUCGCUUUUACCCGACGCAUCGGCUAAUGCCGAUUUACAAUCCGAAUGAGUUUGGGGCCCUGGUCGCGGGGCAGCAGCCGUUGAGAGAUCAGCAUAUAUACUUGAACAACCGUAUGGACGGUGCUGGAGGGAGGCAUAUUGGACGCAAGGCGAAUCGGAUGGACACGUUGGGACCGUGCGUUCCACCGACAGCGAGAGUGGUGCUUGAACCACAUAUCUUGGAGGAGUAG